CAACUACCUCUCGAAAGGAAAAGUUUUCUUGGGAUUGGAUUAUGCACAUGUCAAAAAAAAACAAAAAAAUCAAAAAAUUAAAAAAAAAGAGAGGAAAAGAACGAAGAGAUGUGAUUUGUUUUCUACGUAGUAUAUAUAUUUGGUCCUUGGUUGUACUAUCUUCUAAGUUCUAACAAGGCCUUUCUUUGUAUCUCUUGGGCUAAGUCAAUAAAAUACCAAGUAAGAAAACAAGCAAAAAUGACGAGCAAAGGCGAAAAAUUCCCACCACAAACACAGGAUUCUCAACCAGGAAAGCAAUAUUUGAUGAAUCCUCUCCCAAAAUCUGUCAAUCCUCAGUAUAAACCAUCCAAAAAGCUUCAUGGAAAGGUAGCAUUAGUAACAGGAGGUGAUUCAGGGAUAGGAAGAGCAGUUUGUUACUAUUUUGCACUUGAGGGCGCAACUGUAGCUUUUACAUAUGUUAAAGGGCCAGAGGAUAGAGAUGCUGACGAUGCCUUGUCUUUGAUAAAAGAAGCGGCCAAAGAAAACGAUGCAGGUGAACCUAUUGCAAUUCCAGCUGAUCUCCGUCGAGGUGAAGAUGAAUGCAAGAAGGUGGUUGAUAAGGUGGUUAGCCACUUUGAACGCAUUGACGUCUUAGUGAAUAACGCUGGAGUAUGCUACUAUGCUGAGAGCAUCGAAGAAAUAACAGAGGAACAACUAAGGAUGUCAUUUGAAAUCAACUUCUUCGCCAGUUUCUUUUUAGCAAAGCACUCCGUAAAGCAUAUGAAAGAAGGAAGCAGCAUCAUCAACACAUCCUCUGUCACAGCAUACGCCGGUGGCAAAACACAAGUUGACUACAGCAGCAGCAAAGGAGCCCUUGUUAGCUUCACCAGAAGCCUCGGUCUCCAACUCAUCAAACGAGGAAUUCGAGUAAAUGGGGUAGCACCAGGCCCCAUUUGGACUCCCAUUCAAGUUGCUUCUUCAGCGCCUGUUGAACAGGUUGUGAAUUUAGGUUCAUAUGCGCCAAUGGAUAGAGCCGGCGAGCCUUUUGAAGUCGCUCCAUCUUAUGUAUUUCUUGCUAGCAACGAGUGUUCAUCCUAUUUCACAGGCCAAGUCCUCCAUCCGAAUGGGGGAGAGGUCAUUAAUGGAUGAUCCAGGUACGUGAACACGAGAGUGUACACCUAUGUUCAAACAUAAAAUAAUAUAUGCAUGCUAAAUUACUAAUAAACAAGAUACCUAUAGUUAAGAUAUGGUUCAUUGUGAAUGUAGCUAAUCCUUCCUGAUUCAAGAUGCUUAUGUACCAGCUAUUCGACACAGAAGGCGGCUGCUUCGUCUAUAUGUUUUGUGUUUACUUGGCCUUGUAUUUGUAAUUGUUAUCCUUAUAAAACAUCCUUUUAAUGUAUGCAGUACAUCUAUGUAUUAUGAAUACUCCAUGAACUACCUUAAUACAUAAUUAAAUAAAAAUGGGGAACUUUUAUAAGUUACCCUUUAUAUUUGUUUA